AUGGAACUAGAUAUGGUUGAGGAAGGCUUAAGAAACUUGGAAGUGCUGAAGGUCGUCCGGGUCGGGAGCUGGAUAUAUAACUGCCUAGGGAGCCUUACCGGUCUCUGCGAGCUGCAAAUAACAGGCAUCAAAGGCUGUCAUCAUGCCGUGCUGUCAUCUUGGCUACCGAAGUUUCCUUGGCUGAAGAAGUUGUUCUCGGACGCCGAGUCCAUCCCAGAUUGUCUAUGGACAUCCCAGACUCUCAAGGUUGGAUGGCGAAGUGACAAGACCACAGCGACAAAGUUCUGGCGGCCACCAGUGGGCCCCCUAUCUCGUCAAACUCGUACUACACAACACCAGACUGGGUCAAGACUCGAUUGCGGCGCUCGAGAACCUCCCUAAACUUAGAUAUCUGUAUCUAGGUCCUUGGUCCUACGUAGGAACCGAGAUGAGCCGCUCCCGCAACGGGUUCCCGUAACUGGAGUCCCUCGUAGUUAACUCAUUGUACGAGUUAGAGUGAUGGGUAGCUGAGACUGGGGCCAUGUCCCGCCUGAGGAGCUUGAAGGUCUUCGACUGCGGAAGGUUGGCGAUGCUUCCGGAAUGGUUUGCAAGACAUGGCUGCUUUGAAGGACCUCGCUUUGUUGGAUAUGUCCCCUGAAAUCUGUUUGAGAGCUCAAAAGGAGGAGAGGACUGGCCCAAGAUCCAACACAUACAUACCUUCAAUCACCAUUGCACACUCAUCAACUAACAGUGACAUGGGGAAACCCGCAUGGAGGUUUUUCAGUAUGAAUGAUGCAGCACAGUUUUUGUGCGUUUAUUUUGGGAGUCUUACAUGUUAUUUUAGGAGUCUUACAUGAAUGGAGACAAAUCAUGCAAUUAGAAUUUCAUGUCCUAGUUAAGAAUAAUACUUGGUCUCUAAUUCCCCGGCAACCCAAUCUUCAUGUUAUUGGGUGAAAAUGGGUCUAUAAAAUUAAACAGAAACCUAAUGGUACCAUUGAUAGGUGCAAAGCUCGUCUAGUAGCCAAAGGUUUCUCUCAACAGGAAGGUUUUGACUACUUUUAAAAUGGAGGUUUUAAAGUAUGAAUGAUACAGCAUAGCUCUUGUGCGUUUAUUUUGGGAGUCUUACAUGUGCUACUUUUGUCUUUGCUUAGUAUAAAGAGAAUGCAUGUUUGAUGCUUAUCAAAUGGUACCUGGCAUGUAUGGCACGCAGUCUUAUGUGCAAGCAGCAGCAAAAUAAGUGUUCAACCUUCAUAAGAAUGUUGUGAAUAAAUAGGCAUGCAUACAAUGCAUGUCAUGUUCGAAACCAGAAUAAAUUAUAUGCCACAAGGUCAAUUACGUAUCAGCCUAUAUUGCUUGCUAGUGAUAUUUUUAUGUGCUUAUACAAUCAUUUGAGAAUCAACUGGAGAUAUCCCAAUAUUAUGAAUGACGAACUUUAGCUUUAUUCCUGAAUUAGUGUUGGAAAACAUACUAAUAACAUUUUGAUGUCAAAGUCGUGGCUCUGAAAGUCUGACUAGCUGCCUGGAUCAACCUAUAUUUCUAGCUCUGUUUGAAUGGAGUUUAAUUUUUGUAACAAACAUUUAAUGACGUGUAUUUUUUUUUAAGUGACUGUUUCUUGAGACUGCUGCUUAUGACAGUUCUUUCUCCCAUCUUUAGCUUCUCAGUCUGUGAAGAAAAUCAUAGAGAUCAAUCCAUACAUGCUUGGGACAAUGGCUGGAGGGGCCGCAGAUUGCCAAUUUUGGCACAGAAAUCUGGGGAUCAAGGUACACUUUUUGCUCACCUUUUUUCUAGUGUUCAUUUAGUGAAUGACAAUUAUUCACGUAAAGCUGAUUCUGACCUCGAAUAAUGCAACACGUUUCUAAGUUUCGUUAUUUUUUGUUCCUCUAUUCCUUUCAGUGUCGUCUGCAUGAACUGGCAAACAAGCGCAGAAUUUCGGUGACAGGUGCCUCAAAGCUGCUGGCCAAUAUUCUGUAUUCCUACAGGGGAAUGGGGCUUUCCAUAGGAACUAUGAUUGCUGGAUGGGAUGAAACGGUAUAAUCGUUGAAGGGUCUUUAACUCAUUUCACCUUCUUGCCUCUGUUUCUGGCCAUUUGAUCAUUUACACCACAACGUACAGGGCCCUGGUCUAUACUACGCGGAUGCCGAAGGAGGCAGGCUUAAAGGUAAAAGGUUUUCUGUUGGAUCAGGAUCACCGUACGCAUAUGGGGUGUUGGACAGUGGGUAUGUCUCUAACUAUCCUUUCCAUUGAUAUGAUUAUAUGUAUCAAUAUAUGCAUUCCAUAAAGCAUUUAUCUGCUUGAGCUAGGUACCGCUACGACAUGACGAUUGAAGAAGCUGCGGAAUUGGCUCGACGGGCCAUCUAUCAUGCCACAUUCCGAGAUGGAGCUAGUGGUGGAGUUGCUAGCGGUAAUGUUUCUUCAUUCUCCAUCCACUCUUCCUUGCCGAAUAACGCAGACACCUAAACCACGUGAUGAUUUUAUCUGCCGAUGAUUUAUUUCCUUUGUGAUGAUUUCUAAAUGUGUUGCAAAAUCCUGAAGAAGUUCCCUUGCAAACUGAGGGAAACCCCUGAUAAGUCCCACAUUACAAAAAAAGAGAAGAUAAUUCCUGUGGCUAUAAUAUAAUUAUGCCGUAUAGUUUUUAAUUUGAAACUUAAUUAAUUUGCAUCAUAUCUGCUCCCUAAAAUUCUUUGUUCUUCAGUUUAUUACGUUGGGCCUGAUGGAUGGAAGAAGCUCUCUGGGGAUGAUGUCGGGGAGCUGCAUUACAAGUACUAUCCCGUCGUGCCAAGCCCAGUGGAGUAG